UAGUCGGUGAAUUUCGGCUGGCGGGUUCCAAGUCAAGUUUUUUCUCGAUGUCGAGAUCUGACUGAAUGCUCCACCGCCAAAAAAACAAUAUGGAUCGCGUGAUGAUCGUCAAGGUGUUGCUCUUCGCGAUCUUCGGGAUUCAGCAAGGUGUCACGGCAUGGAAACCAACAAUGAAUCCUGAUGUCGAGCAGCUUGUUAUCCAAGAAGGAGAGGAGUUGAGAAUUUCAUGUCGGGGUGACGGCCCUAUUCACUUUUCAACCAUGAAUAUAUCGAGGAAUAUACACGAUAUCAGCGUCGACGGAAAUUCUGGUGAACAUACUUUCCACAUCCAUAAUGCACUUGCGAGCGAUACUGGUUGGUACGCCUGUGCCGAGGAAGGUGUCGAGAUCAGAAAUGACGAGCAAACGAUCGAUCAUCCCGACGCAGAGAUCUCUUGGAUCUAUGUUUACGUGAAUUCUACAAAUCCUUUCGCCGUCGCGCAUAGUCUUCACUCGUUAUGGUUACAAGUGGGGACAACAGGAGUCAUUCCGUGUCGGCCGACGUUACCCACGAUUCAAGUGAAACUUUACAAGAAGUUCGGUGAUCCAGAGAUACCAGAAGAAGCCGAAUUUGACCCAAAAAUUGGAUUCAUCUUGAAAAAUUUGUCACUUGCACUGUUAGACGAAAUGUUAGAGUGUAAAAUAGUUGGCAUCGAAAACUCGGACAGUGAGGCGUCGUAUAUUUUAACCGUGACAGUGCCGAAAAUUCUGCCAAAGCCGAUAAUCGACGGAGCUGCGUUGCGUCACGUUGUCUGGGGUAAAAAUCAGACUUUGACGUGCUCGAUAGUUAUGAGAAAAUCUGAUUUAUUUACUCUGAAAUGGAAAGCUCCAUCUUCCGUUUCGGAAGACAGACUUAUUCCGGACGAAAAAUCGGUAACCGGGUUAAACAACGUGACUCACAGAGCCUUCCUCACAAUAGUCAAUGUUCAGAAAAGUGACGAAGGUGAAUAUAUUUGUACCUUGAAGGAUAAUGCUAACAACGUAACGACCAAAACACACCUUAAAAUUUGGGAUCCAAAUUAUGUGUACCUCAACGUGAGCCUGGAUGAUGGUAGCAGUGCUUCGUUGCAAGGCCGCGAAGGAGGCACUGCUCGAUGGAAGAUGACUGUCGACAGUUACCCCGAGAACGUUACUUGGACGUGGUUCAAAGGUAAUUCUGACGAUCCAAUUAAAGAUGUCACAUCGCUUUUGCAAAGCAAAUACUCGCACAUCCAAGAUGAACGCGGAAGAACGCACGUCUUCAGAAUAGCUCGCCUGAGCGUUCGCGACACGGCCAAUUACACAAUUCGUGCAUCCACUCGAAGUAACAUGACCGACACCAUCCUUCAUUUGAAUGUCGAGGGACAGCCAAUUGCUCACAUGACAAAUACCUUGUCGUACUUCAUGCCAGGCCAGUCUGUCGAUUUCAUAUGCAAAAUUCUAAGCAAUCCACAGGCUAAUGUGACAUGGAUUUAUCGAGAAUACCCGAAGUUUCCCAGCAGAACCGAGUCAAAAUCUAUCACUUUAUCGAACACGACGUCUAUAGAAGCGAAACGCGAGCCGUUUACUAUUUUUUCUCGUGUGACCGUAAAGAUCAACGAAACCGGUGAUCUGGUGUGUAAGAGCUGUAACAGGAUUAAUUGUACGGAAGUUACAGAUCUAAUUUAUGUUUCCGACGUGGCUUCACCUUUUGAGAUAUUGGAACCAAAAUCGGUCACGGAGGGUGAUACGAUCAGUGUAUUAUGCGGAGCUUCGGUGUAUAACUACAGCGAUAAAAUUGAAUGGGACGAUGUCACCAAUUCCGAGGACGGAAGAAUAUCGGUUGAGUAUAAAACUACGAAGUUCACCCAUCAAGCGAUACUUAUAAUACGUGACGUACAGAUGUCCGAUUCAGGAAAUUAUACUUGCCAUGCGUUUGAUCCGGAGAAUAACAACAAGGAACCGCAAACCUACAUAUUGUCGGUGAAAAAUGCGCGUGCACCGGAUAUUUACGAAACGAAUUUGAAUAAUUCUCAGAUAGUGAAAGAGAAAAAGGAUAGUUUGCAUCUAUCGUGUAGUGCCAAUGGAGCACCAGUACCAACAGUAACCUGGUUAAAGGAUGGUUAUCCAAUAAAAAAGAGUCAGCAGUACGAAAUUUCCUCAGACAAUUCCACGCUUUAUAUACAAUACUUUUUGGAUGGAGAUAACGGACAUUACGCGUGUCGAGCAGAGAAUCGUAUAAAAGCCGUCGAACGAUAUGUGGACAUCGUUAUUGAAGGAAACCGAAGUGACUUAAUUUGGAUCAGUUUGAUAUGUGUCCUUAUCCUAAUCAUCAUCAUUGUCAUCACUUACAUGGGGUACAGAGUACACCGAGAAAGGCUGACGAAGAAGGUCUUGUUCGAGGCUGGCUUGACGCAUUUCGAAGAAGGUGCUCUCGAGUGUUUGAAUCCCGAUCUGACGAUCGAUGACCAAGCCGAGCUUUUACCCUAUGAUAAGAAAUGGGAAUUUCCGCGGGAGAAUUUGAAACUCGGUAAACAACUGGGAAGCGGUGCAUUCGGUGUAGUGAUGAAAGCUGAAGCACGGGGCAUUUGCGAAGAUGGAAAGGAUACCACUGUUGCGGUGAAAAUGGUUCGACGAUCGGCGGAACCGAGUUACAUGAAAGCUCUCUCCAGCGAACUCAAGAUCAUGAUUCAUCUCGGCAAACAUUUGAAUGUCGUCAAUCUGCUCGGGGCUUGCACCAAGACCAUCCUUACUAAGCGUGAACUUUACGUCAUCGUCGAAUAUUGCCGUUUCGGGAACUUGCACAACUACUUGCAGCGUCACCGAGCAAGUUUCGUCGACCAAAUCGAUCCGGCUACACAAAAAAUUGAUCCAAAUAUUGGUAUGGAGCGUUUGACCCGAAGUGAAAGUAUCGGAAGUCAGAAUAGGAUAAAGUACGCAGCGUUGUCCUUUUCCCGUAGCGUCAGUGUAAAGUCAUCGGAUAGCAAUAGUGGUUCCGAACUAGUCGAUUAUCGUCAGGCGACAGAAUUCGGAGAUGUGAACAUGUCGCCUGACGGUGGCGUCUUGAGCAACAAUUCGGUGCAACCUGGAUGGAGGUCGAAUUAUCGGGGCGAUUAUAAAGACCAUAAUUUGAAACCAAUUCGCACGCAAGAUUUACUCUGCUGGGCUUGGCAGGUGUCACGUGGUAUGGAUUAUCUCAGCAGUAGAAACGUUUUACACGGCGAUUUAGCAGCGAGGAACAUACUGCUCGCCGACGACAAUGUCGUAAAGAUCUGCGACUUUGGCUUGGCCAAAAACAUGUACAAGGACGACAAUUACAAGAAGAAAGGAGACGGACCCUUGCCGAUAAAAUGGAUGGCAAUCGAAUCGAUCAGAGACAGAAUAUUCUCAACUCAGUCGGAUGUCUGGUCCUUCGGUAUAGUCUUAUGGGAGUUUUUCACUUUGGCACGUACUCCGUAUCCCGGAAUGGAAGCUGAAAAGCAAUACGACAGACUUAUCGAAGGAUACCGCAUGGAGAAACCGGAACAUGCAACAGACGAGAUAUACGCCUGCAUUCAACAGUGUUGGAAGGCGAAACCGUCUCUUCGCCCUACGUUUCCGGAGCUUGUCGAAAAACUCGGUACUCUGUUGAACGAAAGUGUUAAAAUGAUUUAUUUCGACUUGAACACUCCGUACAUGGACAUGAACACUGCGAACCUUGCAAAUGGGCAAAGCGAUUACUUGACCAUGAUGUCGGCGCCGAGCCACGAUUAUCACAAUUCGCCCGAGCCGUCAUGGGAGUCUCGCCCGGAUUCAGCCUACCUGUCGAUGAGUCCGUUAAACAAGAGCACCGAUCCUGGGAUCUUCAGUCCCCGACCGGAGGUCAGCGAAACUCACUUCGACUUUUCUCCUCUCGGCAAGACUACUCCGGUGAAUUCGGAUUCGGAAGACUGCAUUGAGUCAGCACCGAUGCUCACUCCCGAAGAGCCAUACUUGAAUCCCAUCAAUGUGCAACAGAGGAGGGCCGAAUUCGUCAAGCAACAAAAGGAAAAAAGUCCCAGCAGAACGAACUUGGAUUACUGCAAUGUUGCCACGAGCCCGCCGAACAAUCAAAUAUCAGAUUCGAUGAAUACGUCUGAUCGAAAUUUGAACAAAUCAAACAUGCAGAAUAUUUAUGCGAAUCGAUCGCCCCCGCCCAUAAUAACAGGGCAUGACAAUUACGUCAAUAUGCCCCAGCAAAAAAAUGAACGGCUCAAGGAUAUGAACGACAGUUUCAGUAACCCAAGCUAUGUUACCAUGUCGAAUUUGGAACUCCAAGACAGACAAAUUGUCUAACAUUUUAUAGACGAAUUUUCCAAUACGUCCAGUGCCAUGAUGAUUUUUUUAUUUUUUUUAUCGACAGCGUAACGUUUGAACUGAAUUUACCGAAUC